AUGAAUGGUCAGAACCAUGAUAAAGACUCGACUUCACAACACGAUGUAGAAGGAGUAGAUUCUACGGCGACGACCUUGCUUGGUAGUCCAGCCUCUGCGGUGGUAGGAACUGCUACUACAUCGAUCGACUAUGCAGCUGGAGAGUACACCAGGCACCGACAGGAUGACAAGAAAGAGCAUGAUCUUGAAUAUGAUACUUCGGAGGAUGAGGAUGGCUUUACGGGAGAGGGCGAGCAUCUACUCGCUGGCGACAUAACAGCCACCAUAGACACAAACAUCACACACUCAGCCAACGUAGACGACCUCGACCCACAACCACCUUCACAACCCAAAGCAGACUCUAAGUCUAACCCAGUAUCCUGGUCCUCACUACCACAAAAGCGUCAACUCGCCAUCCUUACCCUCAGCCGCCUUUCCGAGCCUCUAGCCUCAACAAGCCUGCAAUCAUACAUCUUCUACCAACUGAAGACUUUCCAUGCUCCAGGCGCAUCUCCACCAACAGACGCAACAGUAGCAACACAAGCCGGUAUCCUCGCUGCCGCGUUCACAGGAGCCCAGAUGUGUACGGCUGUGCUAUGGGGCAGGGCGGCUGAUAGUGAGAGGAUGGGAAGGAAGAAAGUCAUUCUUGUUGGGCUUCUGGGUACAUCGAUUGGAGUACUGGGCUUCGGAUUCUCCUCGUCUUUCGCGCAAGCGGUGGUCUGGAGAGCAAUAGGUGGAGCGUUGAACGGGAAUAUUGGUGUCAUGAGGACAAUGAUUUCCGAGAUUGUGAGGGAGAAGAGGUUUCAGUCCCGAGCUUUCUUGCUCUUGCCGAUGACGUUCAAUGUUGGUGUUAUCAUUGGACCGCUAUUAGGUGGUCUGCUGGCGGAUCCGGUGGGAAGCUAUCCAUGGUUGUUUGGGAAAGAGUACGGUGGAUGGUUGAGGAUGUGGCCUUACGCGCUACCAAGUGUUGUUUGUGCUGCGUUUCUGUCAUUCAGUGCACUGGGUGUAAUUCUCGGACUCGAGGAGACGCUAGAGGGUCUGCAGGGCAAGCCGGACUAUGGGUUGAGAUUCAGUAGUUGGGUCGCAAGAACAUUCGGCUGGUCGAAGAGGAGGAGCCAGGAGUAUCAAAGUCUGGCCGCUCAUGAGCAUGCUGUUCAAGACUUCGAAAUGUCCGCCCCUCACCACUCACGUCAACCUUCAGCAAUCAAGAAGCAGAAGUUACCACUCUCCCGUAUCUGGACACCUAACGUUGUCCUGACUCUCCUAGCCCAUGGCUGCCUCGCCGCCCACGUGGGCUGCUUCAACAAUCUCUGGUUCGUCUUCCUCUCCACGCCUCGCUAUACUGCCAGGAGCAAGAACAAUGAUGGCGAUAGCACUACAAUCCAUCUUCCCAAAGGUUAUACGCCGCACGCGCCGUUCACCUUCACGGGUGGUCUUGCGCUCCCACCACCAAGUAUUGGUACCGCAUUAGCUAUCUUGGGCGUGAUUGGCAUCAGUAUGCAAUUACUUCUCUAUCCGAGGGUGAGUUGGAGAUUGGGUACGGUGAGAAGUUAUCGAUACUCGCUUCUCCUGUUCCCGAUAUCGUACACGCUUGCGCCGUAUUUGGCUGUCAUACCCUCUUCCUCCCCGGCUCCUCAUCCAGCCAGUGGAGGAUGGAUCUGGACGGCCAUUACCUUCCUCCUACUCAUCCAGGUCACGGCCCGGACGUUCUCGCUACCGGCUACGGCUAUACUGGUCAAUAAUUCUUGUCCGCAUCCCAGCGUGCUCGGGACGGUGCAUGGGAUCGCACAGACGGUCUCGAGUGCUGCGAGAACUGUUGGCCCGGUGCUUGUGGGCUGGGGAUACGGAAGGGGGCUGGAAAAGGGCGUGGUUGGUGCUGCUUGGUGGGGUCUUGCAAUCUGGGCUGUGCUUGGUGUGGUGGUUGGGCGAUGGGUCAGAGAGGGAAGCGGGCAUGAGAUCUUCCUUGAGGGAGAGGUUGAGGAGGGAAAGGGCUGA